UGUACAUUGCUCGUUGCAGCUGGAGGGCCGAGACAGAAACCGGGGAAAGGGCGACCCCGGGCGAACGGCCACAGCCCUCCUCUCGACCGAAGAUCCUAACCAUCCCUUUUUCCAUGCGCAAUUUCGAACCUCGUUGCCGCGGUCGGGCACCUCGACGGCCUCGACUUCCUCCUCGAGCGAAGUGAAGAUUGAGAGAUUCGCUAAAGACGCGCCAAGAGCGACGGCCGCGUGCCCAACGAGAUCAGAUCUGCCACUUGGUCUCGGCAGAACCCAGACCCGGGCCCAUGGAUCAUGCGCCCCACCCGAUUCGGAGAGGUUCGAACAAACAGGGGUCCUCCAUCCCCCCUGUCACAUCCUCGCUCUGUCCAAAAAAACCGAUACACCAAAAGUACCGAGAGCUAUCUUAGUGCGAUCCUUCUCGGCCAAAUCAAACCCAAAUUCAGCAGAAAGAAGUGCAAUAGAAUCUCUGACGGUUGCUCUAUUUAUUUCCAGAGUAUCGUUUAUUUAUGUUUUCAAGUGGUCUUGCCACAGCUUGUUUGGGACUGGUGUGUUCGUGAAGGGGACUUGCAGGUGGGCCCACUGAAAGUUGGUUUUGGUGUAUCGGUUUUUUUGUCCACAGGGAGACAUCACGCCAGCCGCCCACCGCAAAACCUUGGAAGCGACUGCGGCUGCACUGUCGAUCCAGAGCCUCACUUCCACGAACACCCUGUCCAGCUGGGGCUGGACCUCGGGGUCCUUAUCAAGUGGAAUCGCCGAUUGGCUUUUGCUUUUUGCCGUUUGCCAUGUACAUGUACAAACAACCACAACUAUGUGCAUACGGAUACCGAGACCGGGUUCACUACCCCGGAUUUCCCGACCGUGAACGAAACGACAGUAAUAUCCACAAGAUGAAUUAGGGCGGCCGCAGGUCGCUUGGGGCAACGUGAGA